AUGAAGCUCUCCAAUCAGUCGGAGGUCCCCGUCUAUACCAUCUCCGGCUCCAACACUGCGCGCCCUCUGCCGGAGUGGCUUGCGCGUCGGAGAAAGCGCAGCUUGAAAAAUGAUCCGGAGUAUGCGAACCGCAUCGAACUACUCCAGGACUUUGAGUUCGAAGAAGCAAGUCAAUGCGUCCGUGUCAGUGAAGAUGGCGAAUGGGUUAUGAGCACAGGAACAUACAAGCCCCAGAUUCAUACCCACUAUCUGCCGCAACUUUCCCUCUCAUGGGCUCGCCAUACAGUAGCCCUGAACACUACUUUCCUUCUGUUAUCCUCUGAUUACUCCAAAUCUCUUCACCUGCAGUCCGAUCGAUCGCUCGAAUUCCACACCCCGCAAGGCUGCCACUACACUACAAGACUUCCCAGAUACGGCCGUGAUUUGGUGUACGAUCGGCAAUCAACCGAAGCCUUGGUCCCCUCGGUCGGAGUUAACUCGGAUGGCAUGGGAGAGGUUUUCCGCCUGAACCUGGAACUUGGUCGGUACAUGCGCAGUUUCGAAGUCGAUGUUGGUGGAGACGAUUUCACUUCUAGCGGUGGCGGUACCUUACAGGGUGGUAUCAACACCGGCGCGGUCAACACCGGUGCGAUUGCCGAGGAAAGUCACAACCUUCUUGCGUUCGGUACUACAUUGGGUACGGUAGAGCUUUGGGAUCCCAGAGCAAAGGGCAGAGCCGGAAUCUUGCUGCCACCCACUCAGUCUGGCCCUGAUGAGCCCCGGCACGAGAUCACGGCCUUGGAAUUCCACCGUUCUGGCCUGACCCUCGGAACCGGUUCUUCGAACGGUCUCAUUCACCUCUACGAUCUUCGGUCCCCCGUACCACUACUUAAGAAGGACCAGGGAUACGGCUUCCCUAUCCACACCUUGAAGUUCCUACAGCCAUCAACACACACCCGCGAACAGACUCUGGACCCGAAGAUCAUGUCCGCGGAUAAGAAGAUCAUCAAGAUCUGGGACCCUCGUGAUGGAAAGCCCUGGACAUCCGUUGAACCCGCCGUCGACAUCAACUCGGUCGCAUGGUGCAAGGAUAGCGGUAUGCUUUUGACUGCUAACGAAGGUCGCCAACAGCACUCGUUCUUCAUCCCGCAACUGGGUCCCGCUCCCAGAUGGUGUUCAUUCCUGGACAACCUCGUUGAGGAGAUGGCUGAAGACCCCAACGAUCCUAACGCUUUCAGCAGCGGCCAGACUGGCGCUGUUUACGACAACUUCAAGUUCUUGACUGUUCCUCAGCUGAAGACCCUGAACCUGGACCACCUGAUCGGCCGAACCAGCCUCCUCCGCCCCUACAUGCACGGUUACUUUGUGGCACAGCAGCUAUACGAAGAAGCCCGCCUCAUCACCAACCCCUACAUCUGGGAAGAAGAACGUGCCAAGCGUGUUAAGGAGAAGAUCGACAAGGAGCGCGAGAGCCGUAUCCGCGGCAAGAAGAAGGCCGCCGUCAAGGUCAACAAGAAACUGGCCGAGAAGCUCCUCACCAUGGAAGAGAAGAACGAGCGUCGCAGAGCCCAGCGCGUCCUACAAAAGGGUGGAGAUGACGACAUGGUCGACGCCCCUGCACCAGCCGCAGCAGAAGCAGCACCCACCGAAGAGCCCGGCAAGAACCUCCUGGGCGACAGCCGUUUCGCCAAACUGUUCGAAGACGAAGACUUCGCCAUCGACGAGAACUCCCACGAGUUCAGACUCCUCAACCCCAGCACAUCCGUCGACCAGCCCCCAAGAAAAGAGCGCGGCCUCACCGCCGCCGAGCAGGAAGCUAUUGACGACGUCCCCGGCUCCAGCUCCGACGACUCCGAGUCCGAAAGCGAGCCCGAAAGAUUCACCAAGCCAGCAACCUCCGGCAAGAUCUCCACGGCAUCCUACAAGCGCACCAACGGCCGCCAACCCCGUAUGGAAGUCACUUCUUCGUCCGGCGUCGGCGCUACUCGCGAUCGUUCGUUCGCUGCGCGUGCCCAGAACAUGCAGUCUCGCCAGAAACCCACCCGUCGCAGAGGUGUCGUCGGUGAGAGAGAAGUCACUUUCCAGCCUGCAGGCAAGUCCCGGCAGCAGCAGAACAGGGCCCCGGCUCCCACUGCUCCCACCAACAACACCAGCUUCAAGGCUAAGGAGCGCCGAAGCGCCUCGGGUAACACUUUCCGGAAGAUGUGA